AUGUCCCUGGCUAAUUCUCAAUAUGCAACAAUUAAAGAAAGAGAUGGUAUUAUCUACUUGUAUGUUAGAGAGCCUGAACGUAUCCCCUAUCCUGGUAAACAAUGGGAACGGAUUAAGCUACAUCGGAAUAAAGAACAGGCAUUGAAACAGAUUAAAGAGCAUAUGUUAUACUGGGAUAAGUGGCUAAUAAGUCGUGUAAAACAACGCUAUUUUCGUACAAGAGAUUAUCUUAAAAAUAUGCGACGUUUAGCUUUGUCAAGACAGAAAAAAUUAGAACCAAUUAAUCGUACAGUAGAGAAACGUGAAUUAAGAAGAGAAGCUAAAGCAUUACGUGUAGCGCGAAUUGAAAGAACUGUAGAACAAGAGCUACUCGAACGGUUACGUGCAUCUACUUCAUCUAAAGAAAUAUAUAAUAUUGAUCAGUCGGCAUUUGAAAAAGCUUUAGAAGCUGAAGAAAUACACGAUGAAGAAUCUGAAGACGAAGAAGAAUACGAAGAGAAUGAUGAAGAAGAGAUCGCCUACACUUCAGGGUCAGAUAUAGAAGAAGAUAUUGAAGAUAUUGCUGCUAUUGACGAAGACAGUGGUGAGGAAGAGGAGCGGGAGGAAGAGGCAGAACAUAAUCUUGUUUUGGCGAAUCCUACAAAGAAACGUAAAGUUACUAUUCAUUAUGAAAAAGAUGAAGAUGACUGA